GACAAACAGUGUUUUCUACAACAAAGAAAGCUUUUAAAUAUCCUCAUGCUUCCUCUGCCUCUCUUGUCUUGUGUCUGCAGUGCACUCGGAGCUGUGGUGGGGGUGUGAGGGACAGGAGGGUCGGCUGUUUCGAUACAGAUUUGAACCCGUACCCCGGAGCCCGGUGUGGAUCAGUGAGCAGGCCUGUCUCUGUGGAGGCGUGCAACUCACAGUCGUGCCCUGGGACACAAUUGGUCCCAAGUGUGCAGGAUCCCAGGAGACAUGAAAGCACCAUGAGAGGAUUUGUUCCCCAUGUUCCAUCAGGAGACCCCUCAGCUACUGGAUCUCAAACAAUCACUACCUACGAACUCAACCCGUCCGUGGUCGGCCCUCACUGUGCUCAGUCCUCUUAUGGCUGCUGUCCUGAUGGCCACACCUCUGCCACCGGACCUAGGAACCAGGGCUGCACCCAGGAUGACUGUGUUCGCACCAGGUAUGGCUGUUGUUUGGAUGGGGUGACUCGAGCUCAAGGAUUUGGAAGAGCUGGAUGCCCUGAGUACCAGACAGCUGUGGAUCGCCCACUAGCACCUCCUGCCGCUCCGUCCCCUGGGAACCUGUGCUCCCUGCCUCGAGAUGAGGGGAUCUGUGACACCUGGAUGGUUCGGUUCUACUAUGACUCAGGCAGCAGUAAAUGCACUGAGUUCUGGUACGGAGGCUGUCAGGGUAAUGCCAACAACUUUGUGUCCCUGGAGGCGUGCCAGAGAGAGUGCGGGCAGGUGUUAGCGGCCGCCCCGAGGAGAGCUCCAUAACCAUGUACACAUCUGAUACCUCCAGCACGCUUAGGAUGACUAGAUUGUCCUAGUUAUGAAACAAUUUGUAUACGUAUAUACUAUAUAUUUACUAAGCCACACAUGAAUAUGUACUGUGAAACUUCAACCACAUCCCUCAUUUAAUUUAAACAUUAGAAAAACUUUUUACUUUUCUUUUUUUAAAUGAUCUAGAUACACUGACACUAUAACAGAUACAAUCACAGCUGCUGAGCCUGAAUUUAUUUUAUAAUUUUAUUUUUGGCUUUUUGUUUGUAACUUUCAUUUGUGUUUUCCUUAAAUCUUUCAGAGUAAAAUAGAACUGUGUCAGGAUGAAAGUAAAAUCAUGAAUCUAAUCAAUAAAUUUGCAGAUGUGAAAAAGG